AUGGCCCAAAAAGACUGGAGCGCCACCCAGUAUUUGAAGUUCGAGGAUGAGAGGACACUACCAGCGCGCGACCUUCUCGCUCGAGUUCCCCUGCAGACUCCCAAGAAGAUAGUGGAUCUGGGCUGUGGACCAGGGAACUCUACUGCGGUCUUGGCUGAUCGAUAUCCUCACGCUCAUCUCAUGGGAAUGGAUUCCUCUCCCGAUAUGAUCCAGAAAGCAAAGUCCUCUCUCCCAGAAAUUGAAUUCAGCGUCGAUGACCUGAGAUCAUACUCUCCCCCUCCAUCGGUUGACCUGUUCUUUUCCAAUGCGGUCCUCCAAUGGCUCAAGAGAGAUGAACGCAUGGAAGUCGUCAAGAAGUUGAUGGAAACCCAGCCCUCUGGUGGAGUGUUUGCUUUCCAGGUCCCAGAUAAUCUCACGGAGCCGUCACAUGUGGCAAUGACGGAAGUUGCCGCGCAAGGCCCCUGGGCGACCAACCUUGCUAGUGUCAGCAGGGAUGUCUUUCAAACGCCGCAGGAGAUCUAUGAUCAGCUGAAGCCGAUAUCGUCGGAAGUCAAUGUCUUCAGACUCGAGUACUACCACUCUCUUGAGAACCAUGAAGCUAUAAUGCAAAUGCAUCUCCUCGCCUCUAUUAUCGCCGCUUUCGCUAUCAACCUUUUCCAUGCAGCACCUAGCCCAUACUAUCUCGACCCUGAGGCCCCUGCUGGGGGAUGCUGGAUAUCGGUACUAGAUCCAGUGACCAAGUAUUCCUCCGGUCGUAUCCACGUGGACGGAACAAAGUCCUGCUACGUGAUUUUGAACGAUUACUUGGGAUGCAAUGACAUUUCCAAACCCUUUGGCAUAUACAAUGAAACAUCGGGGUACUGCGAUUCUCAUGAUGGAUCCGAACCGAUGAUAACUCCUAUCUGUGGUGGCUUCGUCUGGCUCUUUGGCAAGACCCAUGAAUCGGCCCCCGUGCCGCCACUCAACUGGAGACAUCGUGAUAUAGCCGCCGGGGAUCUAUGGUUUAAGAAUUCCGAGACGUAUGUAAACGAACAGCCGUUUAAAUUGGGCAAGACAGGAUGCACAACCUAUGCUCGCUUUGCAGGUGAUAAGUUCGACAGGUUCGAUCAGGUGUGUGGAUUGGUAGAGUCGCCCAAGAAAACGAAUAGCUGGUGA